GGGGAGGGACUUCCGAUGACAUAUUUCCGGCAGGGGGCUUCCGGUCGUUGGGUGGUCCUAUUUCUACGAGCUGUUGGUUCUGGUUUCCAGCUGCAUGAGGCUGGCGUAGCAGGUGUGGAGGGCUCCUGAGGGAUUUGCGCAGCGGAGUUACGCGAAAAGGCGGUUGGAUUCGCCGCAGGUAAAACCGUUUCUGUCCCAGAGCUGAGUGGGAGGCCUCAGGUGGCGGUGAGGGCUCGGCGUCUUCGGAAUGGACUACCGGCGGCUGCUGAUGAGCCAGGUGGUCCCGGGGCAGUUCGACGACGCGGAUUCCUCCGACAGUGAAAACAUUGAUUUGAAGACAACCAAAGUUGAAGAUUACAUUCUCUUUGAAGAGCUUCAAAAUAAUGUGACAGAGAAGAAAGGUGAAGGUGAGAUAGAAGAUGAGGAGGAUGAAGAGGAGGAUUAUGAUGAUGACAAUGAUUGGGACUGGAAUGAUGGAGUUGGAAAACUCACCAAGGGUUAUGCCUGGAAUGGAGGAAGUAACCCACAGGCCAGUCGACAGACUUCUAGCUACAAUUCAGCCAAAAUGUCUACUCCAGCUGACAAGGUCUUACGGAAAUUUGAAAAUAAAAUUAAUCUAGAUAAGCUAAAUGUUACUGACUCUGUCAUAAAUAAAGUCACCGAGAAGUCUAGACAAAAAGAAGCAGAUAUGUACCGAAUUAAAGAUAAGGCAGACAGAGCAACUGUAGAACAGGUUUUGGAUCCCAGAACAAGAAUGAUUUUAUUCAAGAUUUUGACCAGAGGAAUCAUAUCAGAGAUAAAUGGCUGUAUCAGCACAGGAAAAGAAGCUAAUGUAUAUCAUGCUAGCACAGCAAAUGGAGAGAGCAGAGCAAUCAAAAUUUACAAAACUUCUAUUUUGGUGUUUAAAGAUCGGGACAAGUAUGUAAGUGGGGAAUUCAGAUUUCGUCAUGGCUAUUGUAAAGGAAACCCUAGAAAAAUGGUGAAAACGUGGGCAGAGAAGGAAAUGAGGAACUUAAUCAGGCUAAACACAGCAGAGGUACCCUGUCCAGAACCAAUAAUGUUAAAAAGUCAUGUUCUUGUUAUGGGAUUCAUUGGUAAAGAUGACAUGCCCGCACCACUGUUAAAAAAUGUCCAGUUGUCAGAAUCCAAGGCGCGAGAGUUGUAUCUGCAGGUCAUUCAAUACAUGAGAAGAAUGUAUCAGGAUGCAAGACUUGUCCAUGCAGAUCUCAGUGAAUUUAAUAUGCUGUACCAUGGUGGAAAUGUGUAUAUCAUUGAUGUUUCUCAGUCUGUAGAACAUGACCACCCACAUGCCUUGGAGUUCUUGAGAAAAGACUGUACCAAUGUCAAUGAUUUCUUUUUGAAACAUGCUGUUGCUGUUAUGACUGUACGAGAGCUCUUUGAGUUUGUCACAGAUCCUUCCAUCACAGACAAGAACAUGGAUGCUUAUCUCUCAAAGGCCAUGGAAGUAGCAUCUCAAAGGACCAACGAAGAAAGAUCUAGCCAAGAUCAUGUGGAUGAAGAGGUGUUCAAGAGAGCAUAUAUUCCUAGGACCUUGAAUGAGGUAAAAAAUUAUGAGAGGGAUAUUGAUAUAAUGAUGAAAUUGAAGGAAGAGGACAUGGCCAUGAAUGCUCAACAAGACAAUAUUCUGUAUCAGACUGUCACAGGAUUAAAGAAAGAUUUGUCAGGAGUUCAAAAGGUUCCUGCACUUCUAGAAAAUAAAGUUAAGGGACAGAUUUGUUCUGAUUCAGAAGAUCCUGGACACUCUGAGUGCUCUGACACAGACACUGAGGAACAGGGAGACCAUGCCCACUGCAGAAAACAUACUACUGACCCUAACAUCGAUAAAAAGGAAAGAAAAAAGAUGGUCAAGGAAGCCCAGAGAGAGAAAAGAAAAAACAAAAUUCCUAAACAUGUGAAAAAAAGAAAGGAAAAGACAGCCAAGGCAAAAAAAGGCAAAUAGAAUGAGAACUGUUAUGUUUUUUUUUACCUGAACUUGCAGCUGGAAGAUGGCUUCUUAAUUUUAACCAAACUGUUUUUACGGCACUGUCUGUGAAGACUGAUUCAAGUGUGUUCCACAUAAUUAUGUAAAAACCCCAAAAGCCUGAAGCUCUAGUGUCCAGAUUCAGUCACUGACUGGUAUUGACAAAAGAUUUAUUUAAGGUACUAUUUUAAUGAAUAACUUACACAUUUUUAUUUUUAUAUUCUUCUCCUACAAAUAUGUUUCAGAAGUAUCAUAAAUACUUAAAUGUGGUGAACUUCCAUAAUCUUUUUGUGAGUGUAAAGACACUGGAAAAACUUGGGAAAAUCAUUUUUGCUUUCUUUGUACAUGCCAAAAACACCUCUGAAAUCAUUUGAUUGUAACGCCGUGGUGUAUAUGUAAGGGAGUUUCACUCGUAAGAAUUAAUUUGGCCAUUAAUAUAAUUAGUUACUACAAUUCUGUCCUUGUGUGCAUCAGUGGUUGGGUGUCACGCACUCCCAUUUCAUCUUUAGCUGUGACUUCUUAGUUCACAUCAUGUAUUUCACAUUCAGCUGUUUAACAUUUUCAUUUAUUCAUCAAAUAUUUCAGUAUAUUAGGUGCUGGUAGUAUAGCAGUGAACAAAACAAAUUACUGCCUUUCUGUAGAGUGCAUUUGAAUAAAAGAUAAGGCCCUAAACAAAAUAAGUAAAAUUGUCUCAGGAGAUGAGAAAAAUCUAUGAAGAAAACUAAUACUGAGAAAAGAGAAUACCUGGGGUGGUAGGGGGUUGAAAUUUUAGAAGAUAGUUUUAGAAAGGUCACACUGAGAGGUGAUAUUUAGCAACUGCUUGAAGAAGCUUAAGUCAUGGUGGGCUUUGUGGCAUGUGCCUAUAAUCCCAGCAUUCAGGAUGCAGAGGCAGGAAGGUUAUGAGUUCAGGACCAUUCUGGGCUACUUAGGAAGUUGGAGGCCAGCCUGAGCUACCUGGUGAGACUGUCUCAAAAAAAUCAAACAAAGAAGCUGAGUUAUGUACAUAUCAGGAAGGAAGAACAUUCCAGGCACAACCAACAAAUAGGGAAAAGGCUUUGAGGCAGAAGAGUACCUUCCAUGUUGCAGGAAUAGGAUCACAGCAUCAGAAUGAACAGAGAAAGUAGUAGAUGAGGUCAGAUAGUGUAAUGCUUUUGGAGUGUUUUGGGCAGAGGAAUGAUGUGAUCCAACUUCUGUUUCAAAAGGAUCCUUCUGGCCUCUGGAGAAUUGACCGGCAAGCAUGGGUACAAGAUGAACGUGUAUGUUUGUUAUAACUCAAGUGAGAGAUGCUGAUGGUUUGAUCUAUGAUGGUAGCAAUGGAGAUGGACAGAAGAGAUUGGACAUGGUAAAAGAAUGACUGAGAGGAGAGGAGGGUGAAAGUGAAGGUCCACUUUAGGAUUGAUGACCUGCAAAGUCAUUAAGACCAUUGGAGUUGUCACUUACUGUGAGGGGAAGAAAUGUGGGUAGAACAGGCCUGGGGUAAGAGUGAGAUAAAAAUCUUACAUUGCAGCCCAGCACAAAUAUUAAAAGAAAUUACCCGGCUUUUACUCUUUUUUUUGUUUUAUUUUUCUUUUGGCAGUACUAGGGUUAGAACUCAGG